GCUGGGAUUACCGAGCGGCCAGACGGCGUUCGGCCCGCUCCCGGGGAGGCUGGAUGGCGCCGCGAGAAGCGCGGCAGACCGCUGUUCUGGGCCUGUUGCUGCGGCUGCUGCUCAGCUUGUGGCUGGACCUGGAGGCCGCCCCGACCCGGUCCCCGGCCCAGAUCCUAGGUCCCAGCCCCGGCUCGUGCCCUCCCACCCAAUUCCAGUGCCGCGUCAGCGGCUUCUGCGUGCCUCAGACCUGGCUUUGCGACGGUGACCCGGACUGCCCCGACGGCGACAGCAGCGAUGAGGAGGAGUGCAACAGGGAGCCGUGCACCCAAGACGGGCAGUGCCCGCCGCCCGUGGACAGCCCCUGCUCUUGUGACAGCGUCGAUGGCUGCAAGAACCUUCCCAACUGCAGCCGCCAGCCCUGCCCGGCGGGGGAGCGCCACUGCCCGCAGGAGAGCACCUGCAUCCCACACACGUGGUUCUGUGACGGCCACUCAGACUGUCUUCACUCCAGCGACGAGCUUGGCUGUGGAACUGAGACCUUCCAGGAAGGCACGUCUGUGGGGACCCCUGUGACUCCAGAGAGCAUCCCCCAUCUCAGGAAUACCACAGCCACCUUUGGCACAGACCAGGACUCAGUCCAGUCCGGAAGUCGAAGUGCCUACGGAGCUCUCGCAGCUGCCGGGGUGCUCAGUGCAGGCCUGGUCGCCGCCGCCCUGUUUGUGCUGUCCCGGCUCUGUGCGAAGGGGCUCCUCGGCCCGCUGAAGCUGCUGUCAGAGAGGAAGGCCUCGCCGUUCUGAGGAGGAGCUCUUGCCAUCAUGUUGCUGAGGCCCUGAGCAUGGCAGCUCAGGGAACACGCAUGAGGCUGGUGGCGCACCGGCCCUCAGACGUGCAUUCUUCUGGCCACACAGCACUGCAGGCGUGAGCUCCUGCAGAGGUGACCCAGGAGAGUGGAGGCGCCUAGCCCUCCCCCUGAACGUGGGGAGCCUGGAUGGAGAACAGGCCCCAGCCGGAACCAAGGGGUUGUUCCCAGGCCGCUCUGGGGUGGGGGUGGCCCUUGCUUGGACACUGCCACUGCCCCACCCUAUGUGAGGGUGGUGAUUAAAGUGAUUUCACAGAACUCUGCCUGCCUCUGGGCCUCUGUCUCUGCCGGAGCAGCCUGGGCUCUGGGCGGCAGCCCCCCUCUGCGCGCAGCACCCAGCCCGAGGCGCCCCAUUGGCCAUCCUGCUUCCUGGGACCAGAGCAGGGGCGCGGGGCAGUCGCGUUACCCACGGGCUUCUUCAAGGAGAGCAGAACUUGGGCGCUGCCUCCUGGAGUCCGGGGGGCUCCCUGUCCAGCGUGGCCGUCAGGCGUAUGAUGAGGCCGACAGAUCAGGGAGGACUGCCAUCGAAAAGGCAGCCCUGGCUGGUGUGGCUCACUGGAUUGAGCUCAGGCCUGUGACCCAAAGGGUCGCCGGUUCGACUCCCAGUCUGGGCACAUGCCUGGGUUGUG